CAAACUGAUAACUCACACGCUGUCCGGAUUACAUGUUUUAGUCAUGAAGCUAUUGUUAUCGUUUAAAAAAAAACAUGGAGUCGGAAAUAAAUUCUAGUGUGAAUCAAAACGAAAGUCGUGAAAACAGAGUAGUCGACUUACAUUUGGAUAGAGUGGUCGCGUCACAACCAGAAAUCGGUCCAACUCCCCCAGAUGGGGGGUACGGUUGGUUGAUUGUUGUAUCAGCAGUGGUGUAUCAAAUCACAGUACCCGCUAUACUUACCUUGUAUGGAUUAGUCAUUUUAAAAGGUUUAAGAGAAGUGGACCACGAGGAAGGAGAGACAUUGAAAAUAUGGGAUGCCGAUAUAAUGUUAGUACCAGUUAUGACGACGAUCAUUAAACUACUGUUGGAUUCAUGGAGCAGACUUAUAGUGAAAACGUUCAACAUGCCUCGGUUUAUAGCCCUGGCGGGGCUGUGCCUCACCGUGGCCGGUGUACUGUUGUCCAGUUACUCCACUAACGUUGACAGUAACGAUCAUAUUGUAAACAUAUUCGCUGGCAUUUUCGCAGGAAUGGGAUGCGCUCUAACAGGACAGCAAACAGAAAUGAUAAUAACAAUCUACUUCAGGGAAAAACUGGUGAUACCGCAGCGGCUGAUCAGGAUGGCGCCAACUAUAGGCAACUGUCUUGUGCCCAUUUUGGUCGGUUACCUGUGCACCUUAUAUUCGGGCGAUGCAGUCGUGAUGAUAUACGGAGCAAUUAUUAUGCAGAAUUGCUUUUUCUUAGCAUCAUAUACUAGACCUGUGUACAUAGAGAAAGUCAUUAAAACUACAUAUAGGAUGCUCCAAGAUGCAAUUGAAGAUGAUGAUCAAGUUAUAUUUUCGAAUCAGAACCGAUCAAAUGAAAGACAAGAACAGAGGCCUGCAGCCGCUGCAGGACCAAGUGGACAAGAAGAAGAUGCGAACGACGUAGUAGUCUUCAACUCCAAAAGAAAUGCUAAAGAAAUCAUGGACCCACAAAUUCAACAACGCGAGAAGAAGAUAGUCAUUAACGAGAAUAGAUUUUCCUCAGAUUUUAGCACGAUGUACACCGAAUUUCCAUCUAAUAAUAGAUUUUCGUCAGACUUCGGUGCCCUUGAUGUGACCAGCUAUAGCAGGAUCACUGGUUACCAAGAACUCGAGAGUAUAGACAGGGACGGGCCAAAUCCUCAACCGUUGUACAGGGAAACAACAGUAAAUUCCCCAGAAAAUAGUGUAGUAUUUGCCACAGAAAUGACAGAAGGCACCAUAAGGAGAACUGGAACGUUAAAAAAGAAUAUUAUAGCAAUAAAAAGCAUGUUGCUGGAUCUCAACUUCUACUUGUACACAUUGCUUCAUCUCUGCACUACAUUUUCUGUCCUUGUACUAGGAGUUGUAUUUCCGCUUCUCGUUUGGCAACAGAAUCCGUCGAUGAAUAUUUGGGGGGUUUCAAAAAUGUUGUCAAUGGCGCACGGUUCGGCUCUAUGCUUCGUGUCAAUCUGCAUGUUCUUGCCAAAAUCCAUCAAUGAAAAAGCUAGGCUUUGCAGUCUGUUCUGUUUAACUGGUUGCAUUGGAUUUUACGGCAUAACCUUGACAGGGAGCAAGUUCCUUCUAACAGCUUGGUGCAUGUUCUCCAGCUUCGCGACAGCCGCGUGCAGCAUGCUCCUACAACCGCUGCACAGCAAUAGCAGCUUGAACGAGUUCAGUACAACGGCCACCAUGACAUCCGCUAAUAUCGUGGUGGCCAUCUUCCUCACCGUAUGGAGCGUGAUAAGGAACUACGAGUACCAGACUUGUUUCUUGACCGCGAGCAUUUUGCAAUUAGUAUGCGCUUGCGUCUUCCUCGCAUCGUCAUUCAGACGAAGGAGAUAAGGAAAUAACAGUUUACAAAUGGAAAAUCGCCUUUUCCGAUAAAAUUGUAAGGGAAGCUACAUUAAUUGUUCAAGCUAAAAUAUACUGAAUUAAAAAAAAAAGUUAUGGAGUCAUAACUAACUUAACAUUUUUUACAACUUACAAAUAAAUACAACUCUAAUUCCGGGUGGGUUGUUGGGACGAAGUAGUUUUUUUUUUUAUGGAUGACUAUGGAGUGGUAACCCCGCCUGCGCUAACAGUAUACGCUAGCGGGGCACCAGUGAGGGACGAUAAAUGAGAAUGAAAAGGCAGGUCAAUUAGUCCACCGUGAUGAAUACACCUGGAAUUCAGCACAAUGGUUUACAGGAGGGACCACGUGGAGGGCAAUUAAUUAAUUGAUUUUAAUAAUUAAAACUAGAGUAUCUUUAA